AUGGAUAAGUCAAUGAAUAUUCCCAUUAAACAAGCUAUUUAUGGAAAUAAUAUAAUAAAUAAGGUAGAAAAUGACCAAUAUAAUCAACCCAAUACAAUUAAUUAUUAUCCAAAUCCCAAUAUGAAUAAUUUUAAUUAUGUUAAUCCAAUGCCACCACCCCAACAACAAAUGCAUAUGUUUGCUAAUGAUUGGAAAAGUGUUAUAGCACCAAUAAAAAGUUGCAAAAUUAAGCAAGUAUUUGAUAGUAAAGAAUUUAUAUCAGAUUUUUUUAUGGGUCUUAAAUUAGAUUUUAAUAACAGAUAUCUAGUUUUAGAUAAAUCAAAUGAGAUUACAAAAUUCAUUGCCAUUGAAAAUUCUCAUUUUGCUAAUAGGAAUUGUUUACCAAAAAUGUGUAUUCCAGUAAAAAUGAAAAUAUUAAGAUAUGGAAAAGAAAUAAAUAUGCCUGAUCUUAUAAUAGAAAAAGAUUGCUCAUGUACAAUGUGUUGUUUAAAUAGACCAACUAUAAAAAUGUAUGAUUUUUCAAAUAAUAAUAAUAAAGAACUAAUAGGUACAAUAAAAUCUCCUUUUAGCUGUUGUUCUUAUAAAUUUGAUCUAUUUGAUACAUCUAAUAAUAAAAUAAUAUAUAUGAAUGAUACAUGCUUUCAGUUUGGUAUUAUAUGCCCAUUACCUUGUGGUGUAUGUAAAUAUAGCAAUUUUUAUUUACAUGAUGCAAAAACUAAAGAGAAAGUUGCACAUUUAAGAAGGGAAGUACCAUUUUUACAACUUGUAAAACAAGAUCUUGAUAAUUAUGUAAUGAACUUCGAACAAAUUGUAAAUCCUGAAUGGAAAAUGAUGGUUUUGGCUUUUGCUCUAUUUUUAGAUUAUAUAUAUUAUGAUUAUAAGAAAUAA